UUCUGCGCUCCGGUGCCGCCAGCAUGACGGACGCGCUGCUGCCCGCGGCCCCCCAGCCGCUGGAGAAAGAGGGCCACUGCUACUUUCGGAAGGGUUGCAAUCCCCUUGCGCAGACUGGCCGGAGCAAACUACAGAAUCAGAGGGCCGCCUUGAACCAGAAGAUCUUGAAAGCCAUGCGGAUGAGAACAGGAGCUGAGAACCUUCUGAAAGCAGCCACAAACCAAAAGGUACGAGAGCAGGUGCGCCUGGAACUGAGCUUCUUGAAUUCAGACCUGCAGAUGCUCAAGGAAGAGCUGGAGGGGCUCAACAUCUCGGUAGGAGUCUAUCAGAACACAGAGGAAGCAUUUACGAUUCCCCUGAUUCCACUUGGCCUGAAGGAAACCAAGGACGUUGAUUUUUCAGUCGCUCUCAAGGAUUUUAUUCUGGAACAUUACAGUGAAGAUAGCUACCUCUACGAAAAUGAAAUAGCAGAUCUCAUGGAUCUCAGACAAGCCUGUCGAACGCCCAGCCGAAAUGAGGCGGGAGUAGAGCUGCUGAUGAGUUACUUCUUGCAGCUGGGGUUUGUCGAGAGCCGAUUCUUCCCACCCACCCGACAGAUGGGGAUCCUGUUUACCUGGUAUGACUCUCUCACCGGGGUUCCGGUCAGCCAACAGAACUUGCUGCUGGAGAAGGCCAGCAUCCUGUUUAACAUCGGAGCCCUCUAUACACAGAUCGGCACUCGGUGCAAUCGACAGACAGAAGCUGGGCUGGAGAGCACGGUGGAUGCCUUUCAGAGAGCUGCAGGGGUUUUAAACUACCUGAAGGAGACAUUUACUCACACUCCAAGCUACGACAUGAGCCCCGCCAUGCUCAGUGUGCUCGUCAAAAUGAUGCUGGCACAAGCCCAAGAAAGCACGUUUGAGAAGGUCUGCCUCCCUGGGCUCCAGAACGAGUUCUUCCUCCUGGUGAAGGUGGCUCAGGAAGCGGCCAAGGUGGGAGAGGUCUAUCGGCAGCUGCACGCAGCCAUGAACCAGGAGCCGGUGAAGGAGAACAUCCCGUACUCCUGGGCCAGCCUGGCCUGCGUGAAGGCCCACCACUAUGAAGCCCUGGCCCACUACUUCACAGCCACCCUGCUCAUCGACCACCAGCUGAAGCCUGGUGAAGAUGAGGACCACCAGGAGAAGUGCCUGUCCCAGCUCUACAGCCACAUGCCAGAGGGACUGACACCCUUGGGCACCCUGAAGAAUGUUCAUCAGCGCCAACUACUGGGGAAAUCCCAUCUGUGCCGAGCUGUUACCCACCACGAGGAGUCCAUGAGGGAGGCCAGCCUGUGCAAGAAGCUCCGCAACAUCGAGGUGCUGCAGGAGGUGCUGUCCGCGGCGCGCCAGCGGUCCCAGCUUAAGUACUCUCAGCUCCGGGAGGACGAUGACCUCCUGAACUUGACCGAUGCUCCCGACAUCGUCUCUAAAACUGAGCGAGAAGUUGAAAUUAUACUCCCACAGUUCUCUAAAGUGACAGUAACAGACUUCUUCCAAAAGCUGGGUCCUUUAUCUGUGUUUUCGGCUAACAAGAGAUGGACGGCUCCUCGAAGUAUUCACUUCACUGCAGAAGAAGGGGACUUGGGGUUCACCCUGAGAGGAAACUCCCCAGUUCAAGUCCACUUCCUGGAUCCAUACUGCUCUGCUGCGGAGGCAGGAACCAAGGAAGGGGAUUAUAUUGUUUCCAUUCAAGACGUGGAUUGUAAGUGGCUGACGCUGAGUGAGGUUAUGAAAAUGCUGAAGAGCUUUGGCCAGAAUGACAUUGAGAUGAAGGUCGUGAGCCUCCUGGAUGCCACAUCAUCCAUGCAUAGUAAAUGUGCCACCUACUCUGUGGGCAUGCAGAAGACUUACUCCAUGAUCUGCUUAGGCGUCGAUGUUGAUGACAAAACUGAUAAAACCAAGAAAGUCUCGAAAAAGCUCUCAUUUCUGAGCUGGGGCACCAACAAGAACAGACAGAAGUCGGCGAGCACCCUGUGCCUCCCGUCGGUUGGUGUCGCAGUGCCUCCAGUCAAGAAAAAGCUCUCCUCUCCCUUCAGCCUUCUCAACACCGACAGCUCUUUGUACUGACGUGAAGAUGCGAGAGCGCUUCCCAUACUGACUGGACCUUCAUGUUUGUGCCACAGAGGAAGAUUUCUCAAUAUGCUCAAAUCCCAUCUUCUCAGAGCAUAAACAUACAAUUGAUAUGUCCUUGAGUGUAAGUAACAAGAAGCCUCUAGAAGCUUGUGGAAGACAAACUUAAUUAGGGGAGUCUAACCAUACUGCUGCAAGUUAUUUAUUAUAUAAAGUAUUGUAAAUAGAAGAAUGUGGAAAUACGGCUGUUUUUAACGACUAUAAUUAGGACUCUUAGUUACUUAAUGUCAGAGUUCAAUUAGGAUUUCCUAUAUGGGUCCUAUUAGUAAGUUUUUAGGCUCAGGUGAUACAUAGAUUAAUUCCUUAACUUGGAAUUCAGGUGACCCCAAACUCAGGCAGGGGGAGGGACUAUAAUGCUAGACUAAGUGUUACUAAAAACUGUCCCAAAGACCUGCUACCUAAGGGGGAAUCACUAACCUAGAACAAGAUUUUACUAUUAUUUCUAGAUAAUAUGAAGGCUAUUUCCAGAUAAAAUCUAGUGCCAAAUUUGUCAUGACUUUAGAUUAAAAAAAAAAACAUUUAGGAGCAGUUUUUCUUCCACUUUAUGUCACUUAAAAGUCGCUAACACAGUGGCAGUGUUAGAUGAAGAUGCUGUCUACAAGGUAGAUAAUAUACUGUUUGAUACUCAAAACAUUUCUCAUUUUGUUUAAAGUAGAAAGUACAUAAUUGUAUAUUUUAAGAGUCUUUAGGAAGGGUUAAAAACAUUGUACAAAGACAAGAUGUAAAUGACUCAAGUUUAGAGCUCUAUUUGACUUUGUAAAAUGACACUGGUUUAUCUUGCUAUACAUUGGAUAACAUAGUGAUUCUAAGAUUCACUGUUGACAUAGUAUAAGUUAUAUAUCUUCUACAGAUAUAGCACUGCCAUGUCAUUUUGAGAAUAAAUGAACUUAGAAUAUUUUCUAGUGUGUAAUGUCAAAAGGGAAGCAACCAUAUUUGGGAAAGUGUAUCCACUGUUCUUAUUGAUAUUUUUGUAAAAAUAUUUAAAUAAACACAUUCAUUUGCCUCAGUUAA